UUGAUAUUGGAAAGGGAAAGAUGCCGGGUCGCAACGUCUGGCAUCAUAUUUGAAAAAAACUACAUUUUCUCUAGCGACAAAUCCGUAGGGAAGAUUUAAAAUUAGAAAUAUCAAUUUGGAUGUCCAGAUUUUGCACAGCGACGAUUUUGUUGGUCACAUUGUUUAUAAAUGGGCAAGCUUCUGCAGGAUACUUGUUUCGUCUUGAAAAGGAAGGGACAACAGUGGCAGCAUGCGUUGGGGGCAACUUAACCCUAACUUGUGAGGGCUCAAAAGGAUCAAAGUUUAUAUGGAGCCUCAACGGGCUAACAAUAAGCCGACAUGAUUAUAAAUUAAUUCAAAAGAACAAUUCCAGCCAGCUUGUGAUAAAAGAAUAUAGAGCAGAAAAUGCUGGUUUGUAUUCUUGUGAAGAACUUGAUCAGCGAGGAGUCAGGAGCUCUAAAACAAAUCUCAAUGUUGUAACUCAUGCAGCUUUCAAUGCAUCAAUACGAAUCGUUCAUCACCAAUACUACGAAGAUCAUCUCUUCUUCAUUCAGUUCACUGUACCUAUUGACGAUAAAUUCCCCUCCAGUUUAUCGUACGCUAUCGAAUACAAAUGCGAUUCAUCAUUCGACAUCUACCCGCUAUGUGUGACUCGCUGGCAGCCAGUUUCACGGUGCGACUCCAAUACGACUAAUUCACGCACAUACUACAAUUGCAUCUUACUCCAUAGCAGAGUCUUACUUAAUUUUCAAUAUCAACUACGAGCAACAGUCAAGACAGCUUGUGGUAGAUCGGAAAAUACGACCCGAUUUAAAGUGGAAAUACCAAAUUUCAGCGAACCAGUGCAAGAUUUGAAAGCGUUUGCUGUCGAUCAUCGUACAGUGAAGCUUUCUUGGAAAAGAAUUGAUCUUCUCCGUGAUGUUGGAAACUUCAGAACCGAAAGCAUUCAAAUGAUUAUUAAAGUCCUUAUUCAGUCGGACAAUGCAUCAAGAUACCAGUCUAUUAUGCUGAAGCCAUCGGUGAACACAACAUUGCUUCAUGGCUUUCUUCCACUGAGGAAUUAUACCUUUGCCGUAAUCUACCACCUUAUCGUGUCCGGUCUGCCGUUGCCAUCAUCCAAGAUUGCUGCCCCCGUCACUGUCCACAUGCCAGACAUAGUUACUCGAAGUCAACCAGCCGUCAACGCCAGUUGUGUUCCAUUAUUCAAUGAUACAUCAAAACUUUUUAUCAUUUCAUGGACGAUUCCUGCAACUCCUCGAAAUAUCGGACAGAACCUGGAGACUAAAAUCUCAGUUUCUUUCUCUGGAACUCAGAUGUUCUUUACCGUUUACCAGAAACCUGAAACGUCUGAAACUUUCACGUUUGAUGCAACUGCAAAUACCAAUGUUGAAAUUAGCAUUUGCAAUAAAGCUGGAUGCAGUAAUCCUACAAGUACAGUUUGUCUGUAUGCACAAACACAGAAAGAAAAUUCUGGGGGGAGAAAGAACACCCUGCUGCUUACUAGCUGCAUCGUUGGCCUAGCUAUUCUGGUUAUCGUGGUAAUUGCCAGUUUAUAUUAUUUGAAAAAACGAAAAUGCAAAAGAAAAAAAGAAAAUGAAGAUAUCAAAAUUGUGUAUCCGUCUGUAUGGCAUCAAUAUGACGAACCAGUUCCUCAAGUACAGAACUAUGUUGAUUUGUCAAGAGCAAUGGUUAUAUAGAAUCGUCUCUGGGUGGAGCUGCAGUUGGAGUUUAAGACGCAUAAUAUGCUGACACCCUACUUGGUUUUCAUCGUAUUUUAAAAAAGGCGGGUUUCUCUGACCUCCUUUUCCUUGACCAAUCACUUUGUAGAAUCACUAUUGUGCGGAGUCAAAGAAACUGUUCUUCAUUCGUCUGAGCAAACUCUGAAAGUUUUUCUCAGAAAAUAACAAAGAUACUCAGAAAAUAGGGCAGGCUCAUUUACCCAGCUCAAGGCCUUGAAAUUUUUUCCUACUCGUUAGUUAACUUUCAAUAACCAAAUACGAAUAACCAACAAAAGCUCUUCUAUACACAACGUUAUAAAAAGAAGUCACAACGUGAAAGAUUUUUACAUCCAAAUUACAACCCUAAGUUGUUCUCAUGUCUUGGCACUCCUCUAAAUAACCAUUGGAAUCAUGACUUCCCAAUUACAGUCGAAUUUCCGACUAAUUCAAACAAUUUCAAUUUAUAGGGGGGGGGGUGGAUGUGACACCCCCACAAAACCAGCAUUUACGUACUAAGCAAAACAUAUCCUCUCCGUGAGCUCUAUGUCCAGAGUUUAUGCCAACCUGAUGUUCAACUUAUUUCUUGAUGUAGAGUCGUUUUUUGACACAGCUAAAAUUGCCAAAGCCGACAAUGACAAAACAUGAAAUUUCUUCCAAACCUGGAAAUGUUUGUUUCAAAUGAGAAAUUAUAAAUAUCGUCUACAAAUAUUUGAAUUGGUUUUAAACUAUAGAACUAAAAUUGUCACUGUUAGAUAAUUUUUCGCUAUUAAUUUCAGUCGCUUUAAGCAUACAUGUUUUUGUACAUUUCGAUUACACUUUCAAUCGUCAUAAAUUAUUUUUAUUGUAUGAAUGUUAUAAUUACACCAGCCUGAUGUUCAACUCAUCUAUUGAAAAAAAGUCGUUUUUUAUACAGCUAACAUCGCCAGAGCUGACAAAAAAGAUAAUAAAAUUUACUCCAAACCUGCAAAUGUUUCGAAGGAGAAAUUGUAAAUAUUAUCUAAAACUAUUUUCCGCAAACAAUUGAAUUGGUUUUAAACUAUGGAACUAAAUAUUGUCACAUUUAGCUAAUUUUACGCUAUUAAUUUCACUUGCUUUAAGCAUACAAAUUUUUAUGCAUUUUGAUUACAUAUUCAAUCGUCAUAAAAUCUUUUUAUUGUAUGAAUGUCAUAAUUACA